AUGGAUAAUUGUAAUCCAAUUUUAACACCAGUAGAAGAGAGACUGAAGUUAACAAAAGAUGGAUUAGGAGAGCUUGUGAAUUCAACAGAAUUUAAAGGUCUUGUUGGAUGUUUGAGAUAUUUGACUGCUACAAGACCUGAUAUCAUGUAUGCAGUUGGGUUGGUUAGUAGGUUCAUGGAAUCUCCUAGACAAUCAUAUUUACAAGCUGCAAAACGUAUUCCGAAGUAUAAGCAACAAGUUGUUGCAUUAUCUACAACAGAAGCUGAGUAUAUAGCUGCUAGCAACUGUGCUGCACAGGCUGUAUGGUUAAGAAUGAUGUUGAAGUCAUUGUUUCAAGAACAAACAACACCAACAACAAUAGUUUGUGAUAAUAAGUCGACAAUUUCACUAACUAAGAAUCUUGUGCUUCAUGGAAGAAGUAAACACAUUGAUAUUAAGUAUCAUUACAUCAGAGAGCUUUUCAGUAACAAGGAGAUAGCUGUGGAUUUUGUUGAAAGUGAAGAACAAAUAAGUGAAUUCAAGCUGACUGCUGGAGAAGAUAUCAGUGUUAGUGAUUGGCUCAAAACUGCAUUGUAUCCAGGAACGGAGCUGUGUUGA